AUGUCUUCACGAAAGAAGGUCCUUCUCAAGGUUAUCAUCCUGGGCGAUAGCGGUGUUGGCAAGACCAGCUUGAUGAACCAAUAUGUCAACAAGAAGUUUAGCGCGAGCUACAAGGCCACUAUCGGGGCCGACUUUCUAACUCGAGAGGUCCUCGUUGACGAUCGACAAGUUACCAUGCAGCUCUGGGAUACGGCCGGUCAAGAGCGUUUUCAAUCCCUCGGCGUGGCGUUCUACCGAGGUGCUGAUUGCUGCGUUUUGGUCUACGACGUGAACAAUGCCAAGAGUUUCGAGGCACUGGACAGCUGGAGAGAUGAAUUCCUCAUCCAGGCUUCUCCUCGGGACCCUCCCAACUUCCCAUUCGUCGUGCUUGGAAACAAGAUUGAUGUUGAGGAGAGCAAGCGAGUGAUUUCCAACAAGCGCGCCAUGACAUUCUGCCAGUCCAAGGGCGAUAUUCCCUACUUUGAGACAAGUGCCAAGGAAGCCAUCAACAUCGACCAGGCUUUUGAAGUGAUUGCUCGCAACGCUCUCGCCCAAGAAGAGUCCGAAGAAUUCAGCGGCGACUUUGAUGACCCAAUCAACAUCCACAUCGAGAAUGACCGUGAUGGCUGCGCUUGUUAA